CGAGAGCACCAGCAGCAUGCCUGAACCAGCGAAGUCCGCCCCGAAAAAGGGAUCCAAGAAAGCCGUGACCAAGGCGGCUGGAAAAGGAGGCAAGAAACGCAGAAAGUCCAGGAAGGAGAGCUAUGCUAUCUACAUCUAUAAAGUCAUGAAGCAGGUCCAUCCUGAUACCGGUAUCUCUUCCAAGGCGAUGGGUAUUAUGAACUCCUUCGUGAACGAUAUCUUCGAGCGCAUUGCUGGAGAGUCCUCUCGCCUGGCGCACUACAACAAGCGCUCUACCAUCUCUUCCAGGGAGAUCCAGACUGCAGUGCGUCUGCUUCUGCCCGGUGAGCUGGCCAAGCACGCCGUCUCUGAGGGAACAAAGGCCGUCACCAAGUACACCAGCUCCAAGAUAUUCCAUCAAUGAUUCAGUGAAUGGUUGGAACACGACUUUCUGACACCGAACUUUUCCCCUGG